AUGCCUUUCGCCUACGAUCAAACGAUCAUACAUCCAAUUGGAUUACAAUUUAGAUUCAACGACCAAGAAGCUGAAGGUGUAAUAGAAGAUUGGCAUUUUGAAACAAAAUAUCACUACAAACAAGUUAGAGGGCCUGCAGGAGUAUCAAGUACUGCUGUUACAGUCCAUUCCUCUGAAAAUAUAGUAGAAGACUAUUUCAUAUCGGUGGUUUGUGAAGAUGUGGAAGCAUUUGUGAUAAAUCAACAAGAGAGAUUGUCUGAUUUCGAUUUAACUUCUUUAUUCACCUACGAAGAUCAGAAAAUGCUAGAAACAAACAUCAACAGAAUGUGUCGAUGUUUAGAAAACUCAUUGCAAUCGAGAACUGAAAAGUUGAAAGUGGAACAUUUCACUCUGUCAGUUCUUGAAAUAAAUCAAGCUGUAUCAGCAGUCAAUCUACUCGACCGUGAUUUUCUAGGAAAAGUUACUGUACACUUGCCGUUUAAUGAUCAGGGAUUCACAGCUGAAGAUUUCAUACCUCUAAUUAAAGGGCAGAGACCGCAGAGGUUGGAUCUGAGAAUCCACUUAUAUGAAUUCUCAUCGCAAGAGCUGGAGGAAGUGAGAAAGAUUUUUAACUGCACGUCCAAACAACUCUACUCUAUUUGUAUCAAAUUUAAAUACAUGGAUGAAAAAUGUUAUGAGUUAAUUGAAGAAGCAACAUUUUGCAUAGUUGAGCUCUAUUACAUGUUAAGCGAAAUUUCGUUCACAGUAAAGGGAGCUCGUGAAGAAAAGGAAGAACUUAUCAUGAGAAGGUGUUCAGAGCUCAAUCAAUUAGACAACACAAUUCCUAUAAAUAUCUUCGAGGUCCCUUUGAUAAUGAGUUCAAUUGUAUCAAAUUUAGAAUGUCCUCAGAUUCAAUCACUUCGAAAGGUAUCCCGAGGAAUCCGUCAGUGUGUAGACCAUAUCAAACCAGAUCCGCGUAUCCUUAGUUAUUCCAUUUGGCUUGGGAAUUCUUUCAGAGCUUGUAUUGACUCAGUGAUGAAUAGACCAAUUUGGGCACACUACAAGGGAUUUUCUGAAAACUUUCUGGAACGGGAAUCAGUACUUCAAAUUGUAAAUGAUUUCGAGUUGAAUACCAAACAUCAAAAAAGUUGCAUGGAUGAACUAUAUAUUGAAAUGUAUAAAGAAAUCUGGGAGUUUUUAGAAGAAAACGAUUGGGAUCGGCCAAUAAUUUUCAAACUGCUCAGAGAUGUCUUGAUCUCCAGGGAAUCCCCAUUGAAGAUCACUAUGGAAACAAUGUCGCUGGAGGAUAUUACGUAUUGCAGAAAGAACCUAACUCAACCUUCAGUCUUCAUAACGUUCAAGAUACAUAUCAAAAACUGUUCAACUGCCGACUUUCUUGCAGCUCUUGGAGAACCUUAUCGUGUCGUCAACAACCUCAAGUAUAUAUGGUUUUUCCGGAUUGAAAAUACCCCAGAAUAUCUUCAUGUGGUGCUCCAACAAAUCCCUCAAACGACGGAAGGCCGUUUGAAUCUUGCGAAAAUCCAUCAGGACGACACUCCAUUUUUUUGA